UUGAGAUAUUUGAUUAGGAAUUUGGGGGCGGGGCCAUGGCCUGGCACAGACUCGCACACCCUCCGUAGACACUCAUUCCUCUCUCUCUCUCUCUUCUUUCUCACACAUUCUCCAACCCAAAGAGGCCAGACAGAAGAACGUGGUCACUCUGAACGGUUCAACCCAAGAGACAAAAUGCAGUGGGCCUCCAUCCUGCUGCUGGCAGGAUUCUGCUCGCUUUCCCAGGCCCAGUAUGAUGAAGAUUCGCACUGGUGGAUCCAGUACCUCCGAAACCAGCAGUCCACCUACUACGACCCUUACCCCUACGAGCCUUACCCCUAUGAGCCCUCCGAGCCUUACCCCUAUGGAGUGGAGGAAGGCCCAGCCUACGCCUAUGGUGCACCACCUCCACCAGAGCCCCGUGACUGCCCCCAAGAAUGCGACUGCCCCCCCAACUUCCCCACAGCCAUGUACUGUGACAACCGCAACCUUAAGUACCUGCCCUUUGUGCCCUCCCGCAUGAAGUAUGUCUACUUCCAGAACAACCAGAUCUCUGCCAUCCAGGAAGGUGUCUUUGACAACGCCACCGGACUGCUCUGGAUUGCUCUGCACGGCAACCAGAUUACCAGUGACAAGGUAGGCAGGAAGGUCUUCUCCAAGCUGAGGAACCUGGAAAGGCUGUACCUGGACCACAACAACCUGACCCGGAUGCCCGGCCCGCUGCCUCGAUCCCUGAGAGAACUCCACCUGGACCACAACCAGAUCUCACGGGUCCCCAACAAUGCUCUGGAGGGCCUGGAUAACCUCACGGCACUAUACCUCCACCACAACGAGAUCCAGGAAGUGGGAAGUUCCAUGAGGGGACUCCGGUCCCUGAUCCUACUAGACCUGAGUUAUAACCACCUCCGGAGGGUGCCCGACGGUCUGCCCUCUGCCUUGGAACAGCUCUACCUAGAACACAACAAUGUCUACACCGUCCCCGACAGCUACUUCCGGGGGUCGCCCAAGCUGCUGUACGUGAGGCUGUCUCACAACAGCCUUACCAACAGUGGCCUUGCUACCAACACCUUCAACUCCAGUAGCCUUCUGGAGCUCGACCUGUCCUACAACCAGCUGCAGAAGAUCCCUCCUGUCAACACCAACCUGGAGAACCUCUAUCUCCAAGGCAACAGGAUCAAUGAAUUCUCCAUCAGCAGCUUCUGCACAGUGGUGGACGUCAUGAACUUCUCCAAGCUGCAGGUGCUCCGCCUGGAUGGGAACGAGAUCAAGCGCAGCGCUGUGCCGGUGGACGCUCCACUCUGCCUGCGCCUCGCCAGCCUCAUCGAGAUCUGAGGGGCCUGGCCUGGGCUCCGGGCUCCGGGCUCCGGGCUCCGGGCUCCAGGCUCCGGGCUCCGGGCUCCGGGCUCUGGGCACAUGCCCCGUCACCACCCCGCUGCAUUCAUCUUGAAGGUCUGGUUUGGCUUUUGCUGGAUGGCCUAGGACAAGCAUGUGAAUCAAGUCCACAGGACCUUAU